AUAUUUGAGAAAGAAGCGGAAAAGGCUUUAAAAAGCACACUACUACAGUAUGGAGCAAGGGACUAUUAUAUAAAGGCAGGAAUUUUACACAUUGUAAUAGGAGAUCUAGUUAAUGCUAAAAUAUCAAUAGAUAAAUAUAGUAUGAAUGAUCCCCGUUUUUUAAAUUCAAGAGAAAAAAAGUUUUUAGAUAAUAUUAUUGAUGCAGUUACUGAACAAAAUAUAGAAGAAUUUGAAGAAAUUGUUCAUGAAUAUGAUCGUAUAACUAAGUUGGAUAAUUGGAAAGUUCAUUUUCUUU